AUGCUCCGAAAACGUAUUGCAAUUACCAUUUUAAUGGAACCGGAUAGCGAGAAGACAAACAACGGAAUCCACUAUCGACUACGUCUCCUAUUGCCAAACGGCUUCCAACAGGACCAGGAUAUCUACGUGAGGCUGGUCGACUCCUCUAAUAAGCAGCCAAUCGCCUAUGAAGGCCAGGACAAGAAUCCAGAGAUGUGCCGAGUCCUGCUUACACACGAGGUGAUGUGCAGUCGAUGCUGUGACAAGAAGAGCUGUGGCAACCGCAAUGAGACUCCGUCAGAUCCCAUAAUCAUCGAUAGGUAUUUUCUCAAAUUCUUCAUGAAGUGCAACCAAAAUUGCCUCAAAAAUGCCGGCAAUCCGAGAGAUAUGAGGCGAUUUCAAGUUGCUAUUGCGGCCACACCUUCACUGGAGGGGAGUUUGUUAGCCUUUUCCGACAAUAUGUUUGUUCACAACAACUCAAAGCAUGGAAGGCGCGUUCGUCGUAUGGAUCCGCCGGAAGAAAUUCCUACAGCUCCCCCAAUAAUCAAGGCGAUUUCGCCCAACGAGGGAUGGACAAGCGGUGGGGAGAGCGUUAUGAUAAUUGGAGAGAACUUCUUUCACGGUCUCCAAGUGGUUUUUGGGAAUACACCAGUCUGGAGUGAGCUCAUCACAUCGAACGCUCUGCGAGUCCAGACACCGGCAAGAUCUGCUCAGGGCGUUGUUGAGGUCUCACUUCUGUUCAACAAUCGAGCCUUCUGUAAGCAUGCGCCAGGCCGCUUCGCCUACACGUCUCUCAAUGAUCCCACCAUCGAAUACGGCUUCCAACGUCUACGAAAGAUUAUUCCUCGCCACCCAGGAGAUCCGGAGCGGCUUCCUAGGGAGAUAAUCCUUAAGCGCGCAGCUGACCUUGCAGAAGCUCUAUAUUCCAUGCCUAGUCGCGCUGCUGCUGCUGCUGCUGCCGCUGCUGCCGUCUCUUCAACCUCCGUCUCCACUGCUACUCACCACUUACCGAUGGCAUCAGCUCCACCACCUGGCCUGCCACAUCCUACACCACCCUCACAUUCGCUGUUGGCAACUCACAUGCAUCCACCACCACCAGCUCCCAGCCACUAUGUUACAGAGGCAACUACUGGAUUUGGAAUCCUUCCACACUACCACCAUCAUCACCACCCCCUUCAAUCCUCCAAGAGCGAUCAUGAGGUUAUGCAGGUUACGAAAAUGCUUCAAGAAGCACAUAAUAGCACGAGCAGCGCUGCCACCUCUGUGACGUCGGAAGGGGAGGAGGAGGAAGAGGGAGAAGGAGAGAAUAGAGCUGCAGGAGGGAGUCCUCUAAAGGUUGUGGAAGAGAGACAAGAGGGUGAAAGUGAAUCUGGAGGCAGACUUUGGCCUAAGCGACCCAGAUUUGGGGUCAAUAGGGGACAAUCAAGCGGACAAGGAGAGGAGGCGGUUGAGACAUACGAGCCUCGAGAGCAUCCAUCGAACGUGAUAUUUAGCAACAUGGCACUUCUUACGACAGACGCUGAAAUGCUGGCCACUUCUUCGAGUUCUGCUGUGGCAAAUGCUGCCAUCGCUGUCCCUGCGUCGACGUCGAAGACGCCAGAGACUUUCGAAACUACGUCCACGUCCACCUCUACCUCGCCUAUCAAUAAUAACAACAGUGGUGGAGGCAGCGGUGCUAGCCUGGCAGCAAACCUACCGAGAACGCUGUUUAGAGAGCGAGGUGUAACGGGCGGACUUUACGAAAACGACUAUUUUAACGCUGUCACCACGGGAACCGAUGGCACCACUAAUUACAGUUCUCAAUCGUCUGUAAGUUGA